UUUUGUUCUUUUCUAUCGUUCGCACUUCAGAGCGGUGCGCUCUUCCUCGUGAUAUUCAUUCCACUGCUGCCGCUGCCGCUGCCGCCUUUGUCCCCUUCUCGUUCUGUCCGCCCCCAAACCCUAACUGUAGUAACUACCUUCGACCCGCCGUGGCCUGUAGAAAUCGUGGGUUCCUCUGGGUGGUUCUCGAGCGAGAUCAGUGGAUUCUUUCGUCCAUCCGGUCGAUGUCGGCAUUGGUGGUGGAUCCUUGGGGAUUUUAGGAAGGCAUCAGUUCUUUACUUCAAAUAAUGAAUACAGGCAAAAGGCAACCUCGGAUUCUCAUUCUGCUGCAUUUACAUUGUAUGGAUCUUUGACAGAUGGUUCGUUUUUUUAUAUCCAGUCCCAUUGAGGUAGAUUCUUAGCCCCAAUUUGCUCAUUGCCUAGCAAAUGGGUUCAACAAGUGGUACUUCUGAGAUUGUUGAAUCAAAUGAAGCUCUAAAUUUGGAAAGUUACUUUGGUGGAUCUAAGGCAUUACGUAUUAAACUAAAAUCAAACCUGCAAGAUGGUAAGUGCCAGGAUCUGGAAGAUAACCUUGAUCAACUUUUGAGGGCAAUUCAUCUCAGGACUUCAUCCAGGGUUCUCGGGCCUUCUAGUCAACCAGGGGUUGAUUCCUUGCGGAAGAAUGACACCAAGAAGCCAGUCAAAGUAGGAGUAUGUAGGGCAUCUGGAAUAGGGAUAUCAGAAUCUAUCACCUUAAAACAAGCUUUGAGAAAGUCAUCCAUCAUACAGGCAUCAGAGAUGGCUGCUAUGAAGAAAUUUUCAAGACCAAUUAGCUUCUCUGGGACUCCUACAAUUAGGAGGCUUUGUACAUCUGUGAUGAUUCCAUCUAGUAACUUAAGUGAAGAAAAGAGAAGUUUAGUUGAAAUAUCCAUCAUGGCUGAGAAAGUUUCAGCAGAUUUCUCAAAAACGACAACUGAAUUUGGUCAAGAGAAAAAUACAGAAAUGUCUGUUUCACAUCUCUCUGCUGUUUCUACAUCAAAGUUAACUAAGAUCAGGAUCCAAGACGUCAUUAAACCCACUCUUGAAGAAUCAUGUGAAAGUCAUUCAGCUACAGUUAAGUUGAAAAAGGACAUAGCUAGCUCAAAGGCAGUUGCUGCUACAAGCAACACUAAAGUAAACCCACAUUUAAACAAACCAGUGCAUAGGAACAAUAAUCUCAAAAAGAAGGGAAAAUCCAAGGCAUCAUCAGCUGCCACUAUUUCCACCACACGUGCCGAAGUCAACAGAAUUGGUAGCACUCUGUCCAAUUCUAAACAAUCUCAGUCUAAGGAGUCCGCCAUUCCUUCAUGUACUAUUCCUAGAACCAAAUCUUGUCGUCUUAAGGAACAACUCACAACUGCCUGUAGUAUGCCUCAGACAAAAUCAUGUUAUCAUAAGGAACCUGUCACUCCUGCAUCUGCUGCAGUUAGUGCAGAAAGCAAAAUUCUAUUGAGCCCCAAUAUCCACAGAAGUAUUAGGCCAAUAAGUGUAAAUUCAAGUGAAGUGCGCUAGAUCACGAGAAAAGGGUGAGUGUUAUCACAGUUCAAAAAGCAGUAUUGGUGAUUAUAGUAACAGCACUAGCAUCAGUGAAGUGCGCUACCAGAGCAGUGCUAGCAGGAAAGGAUGCCGGCCUCACAUGUCAAAGGAUGCGAGAUGGAUAGCAAUCCAACGCUUAAUUCAACAAAGAAGACUUAAAUAACUUUAAGCUUCUGAAAAAACUUGGUCGUGGAGAUAUAGGGACUGUCUAUCUUGCGGAGAUGAUUGGUUCAGAAUGCUCGUUUGCAUUGAAAGUGAUGGACAAUGAAUUUCUGAUUAGCAGGAAAAAACUGAUGUAGCACAAACAGAAAGAGAGAUAUUGCAAAUGCUAGAUCAUCCCUCCCUUCCAACUCUCUAUGUUUAUUUUACGACUGAUAUCCUUUUUCAUUUAGUUACGGAGUACUGCCCAGGUGGUAACCUGCAUGUUCUUCGACAAAAGCAAC